AUGGACGAGGGCACCGAAGAUCCGACAACAGCAACGGAGACGCAACAACUAUGCCCUCGAGAAACUUCUCCAACUAAACAAGCUGACUUAAUAUAUCUGAAGGUACUCGUACCGUCGAUCGCUGCUGGUGCAAUUAUAGGAAAAGGUGGCGAAGCAAUCGCUCAAAUUCAAAAUGAGACCGGUGCCAAGAUAAAGCUUUCAAAAUUGAACGAUUUUUACCCAGGUAAUCUUCCUUACGAUCAUUAUUUAUUGACUGUGUUGCGUUAA